AUGGAGUUCGUGAUGGAAGGAUGGCCGUUAAAGCAAGACUUGAUGCCGAGUCGUCAGCCACUUUUUCGAGUUCAAGAGGAACUCACGGUAUUCGAAGACCUCCUAAUACGUGGAGAUCGCAUAGUGGUACCACCAGCGUUCACGGGACAUCUCAUACAGCUAGCCCAUGAAUCGCACCCAGGCAUCGUGCGCACCAAGCAGCGUUUAAGGGAGAAAUACUGGUGGCCACAGAUGGAUAAACAAGUUGAGAAUGCUGUCAAGUCGUGUAAUAUUUGUCAAGGCGCCGACAAAAGUGCGAAGACGGCUGAUACGCCACUGCAACCCAUUCCGUUUCCGAGCAGGCCAUGGGAGAAGGUAGCCGUGGACAUAAUGGGCCCUUUUGAAAAAGCUCCUCCUGACUGCAGGUACGCCAUCAUGAUGGUGGACUAUUUUUCUAAAUGGCCAGAGGCCGAGUCCUGCGCGAAUGUGACAGCAUCAACAAUUUUGGACUUCCUGUUUGCACGAGAAGGCUAUCCGGACAACCUGGUGUCCGAUCACGAACCCCAGUUCAUUUCACAUCAGUUUGAACAGUUCCUCAGGGAUAGAGGCAUUCAACAUUCAUUUUCAUCUCUGUAUUAUCCACGUGCAAACGGGCUUGUUGAAAGGUUUAAUAGAAUUCUGAAAAACUAUGUUCAAGCCACGUUCUUGGAAGGAAGACCACUGCGACAAACAGUCACCGAGUACCUGGGACUGUACAGAUGUACCCCGCAUGCAACUACCGGAAAAUCACCUGCCGAACUUUUACAUGGCAGGAAACCACGGACACGACUGGACAUCGUUGGGAUACCGUCAUCUUUACUUGAGGAUGAUCCUGCUGCAGCAAUGACCAAUCUACGUGAACGCGUGCGCAGGCAUCAGCAACAGAGCAAGACCCGUCUGCUGCCUCCGAGACAUAGACGUCCUCCCAAAAGAUACGGGGACCCCGUCGGUCAUUAA